AUGAAGCAUGACCCACGUGCAGCGAAGCUAAAAGGGAAGCGCUCAGCUCCCAAUCUCAGAACAAAAAGAAGUGCCAUUAAUAUUCCUGCCGGCGGCAAAUCGCGCAAGGCGAUCAAGGAAAACUAUGCACCAGGCGUUAGGAGCAGAGCAUCAGCACCGAACUUGAAACAAGCUGCAGAGGAGUUGCAUCCCAAGCCCCCUUCUCCUCCCAGCGAGGCCCCUGAGAUUCAGAUCAACGAAUCGAAUGAUAAGCAGGAUGACGAGUCUCAGCCAAAGGAAGUCCCUCGCUUUAUGCUGUUUACUGAGACCAAGAUUAAGCCUGUCGAGUAUCGGCCGCCGCGCCAAUAUACAGGUCCUCCUAUCCCUAAGAUUAUGGGGAUUGAACCGAUGUUCUUUCGGCCAAAACCGGUUGAGGUCAAGAAAGAAUCACGGAAAGAGAGAAUUCUGAAGGAGAUCAGAAAGAGGUAUCAAGUCAGGAAAGCCCGAGUGAGAGGCGUCGUGAAGAAUCUUAGGAAUAUCAGAGCACUCAGGACGUUGCAUGCACUGAAGGCCUCUGUGAAAGCGAUGCGUAAGGAUGCGCAAGAACGGCUCCUCGAGUGCAAGCCAAUUUAUCAUAUCAAGGAGAUCAAAGAGCUCAGGCGAGCCUCGAUGUUCCUUGGUUUCCCUAGGCUUCAGAAGAGACCGCUGUCAACUUUGUCUGAAGCACCAUCACACUCGGGGACUGUCGACGAUACUCUGAAAUCUCAGUAUACAGCAGGGCAGCUGAUUCUCCGAAGCUCGCAGAGCUUUUCGCAGAGGCUGGCACUAGUACACAGGUCGAAGACGGACCGGGUCCUACAAUAG